AUCAACAAAUUUCCAUUUCUUUGCCAUUAAUCAUCAAACAUAUACACAGAAGCAAAGAUAGUCACUCACUGAACAAAAAAUUUAUAUUUUGAAUCAAGGGUUAAUGGCUUCUGCUUGUGCCUCCUCUGCCAUUGCUGCUGUUUCCAUCUCCACGCCAAGUUCCCAGAAGAAUGGAUCAGUGUUGGGAACCCCCAAAGCUUCUUUUCUUGGUGGAAGGAAAUUGAGGGUGAACAAAUACACAGCAGCAGUUGGAGUACGAUCCACCACUACAGUGUGUGCUGUAGCAGACCCUGACAGGCCCCUAUGGUUUCCCGGCAGCACCCCUCCUCCAUGGCUUGACGGCAGUCUCCCUGGAGACUUUGGCUUUGACCCUCUUGGUCUUGGAUCUGAUCCGGAGAGUCUGAGAUGGAAUGUUCAGGCAGAGCUAGUGCACUGCAGAUGGGCAAUGUUGGGUGCUGCUGGGAUUUUCAUUCCAGAAUUCCUGACAAAGAUUGGUGUUUUAAACACACCCUCAUGGUACACAGCUGGAGAACUUGAAUACUUCACAGACACCACUACCCUCUUCAUUGUUGAGCUCUUUUUCAUUGGGUGGGCUGAGGGUAGAAGGUGGGCUGACAUAAUCAAGCCAGGGUGUGUGAACACUGACCCCAUCUUUCCCAACAACAAGCUCACAGGAACUGAUGUUGGUUACCCAGGUGGGCUUUGGUUUGACCCUCUUGGAUGGGGAAGUGGUUCUCCCGAGAAGAUCAAGGAGUUGAGAACUAAGGAGAUCAAGAAUGGGAGAUUGGCCAUGUUGGCUGUGAUGGGUGCAUGGUUCCAGCACAUAUACACUGGCACUGGUCCUAUUGACAACCUCUUUGCCCACCUUGCAGAUCCUGGCCAUGCUACCAUUUUUGCUGCUUUCACCCCUAAGUGAAAAGGGCUGAAGAUCAACCACGCAUCCUGGGAGAACAUGUUUCAUAGAGAGAUCAAAUGUCUUAGGAGAGAGGAAUGUUUAUGUCUCUAGAAAGCUUGUAAUAUGCAACUUCUGCAUAUAUGCACAGAAUCAUAAUCCAACUUGCCGACACCUAUUUAAGUUUUAGAUCA